GGUUACCGACUACCAUCUGCCAAAAUAUUUCAGUAGAGUCAAUCAUGACAUAUCUAAAAUUCCAGUAAAAUACUCAAAAAUGCCAUUUGUAAAUGGACACCUCACAGGAUCAAUUACUUAGACCAUCUGAGGAUCUGACCCUUGCAUCAAGAGGGUAUCGAUUGCUGCGAAAAUUAGGAGAAGGCUCCUACGCCAGAGUCUAUUUGGCAGAAUUCAUAGGGACUACACCAAACGAUGAGAAAGAAAAAGCCAAUAAACUACUAGCAUGCAAAAUUGUAGAUGUGAGUAAGGCACCCAAGGAUUUCGUGAAGAAAUUUUUACCAAGAGAACUGGACAUUCUGGUUCGCAUCAGUCACCCUCACAUCAUUCACAUCCACAGCAUAUUCCAAAGAAAAACUAAGUACUUUAUAUUCAUGAGACAUGCUGAAAAUGGAGAUCUGUUAGAGUUCAUUCUCAAAAAAGGGCCCAUUUCCGAAGCACAGAGCAGGGUGUGGAUGCGUCAAAUAUGCCUCGCUGUCCAGUAUUUACAUGACAUGGAAAUAGCACAUCGUGAUCUCAAAUGUGAAAACGCCCUUAUCACCAGCAACUACAAUUUAAAGCUGGCAGACUUUGGUUUUGCACGCUUCACAAUAGACAGUCAUGGCCGCAAAUUAACGAGCACUACAUAUUGUGGUUCUUUGUCAUAUGCAGCUCCAGAAAUCCUGAGAGGAAUGCCAUAUCACCCUAAAAUUGCCGAUAUCUGGUCUCUAGGAAUCAUUCUCUAUAUAAUGAUUAACAAAGCAAUGCCUUUUGAUGACACUAAUGUCAAGAGACUCCACGAGCAACAAGUCAAUCGUCGUUGGAAGUUUAGAACAAAAGUCAUAGACAACUUAAGCGAGGCUAUAAAACAAGUAGUGAUACAUUUGUUGGAGCCAGAUAUAAUAAAGCGCUGGAAAGUAGAACAAGUUUUAUCAUCAGAAUGGAUGGCAAUGGAUCCACGAUUGGCGCAACUGACAACUGCAGAAGAAGGUGCCUUGGCUCAAGCGCAAGUGGAGAGAAAGGCAUACAUAGAUAAACUGUCACGAAAGCAGAGUUUAGGUGAAAAGAAAGUUGCACAAAUAGAAGAUGUAAAAUGGCUCAAAGCAGGACUACAUGAAGAUACAACAAAAAAAAAUGCAAGUGACAUAAACGUAGAAAAAGCAUCCGUUGAAAACCCAACUGCUACUACUUAAAAGUCAUUCAAAAGAUUCCAA